AUGAGGGUAACUGAAACUCUGAAGAAAAAUAAACGCAAAAUCCUAGCCGACUUCAUAGUUGCGCCGAGAACACGACCAAAUACAAAGGUUUGCGAUACGCAGGACUUAACCCUCGUCUCCUACGCUCGAAAAUACGAGAAGUCAAAUAAAAUUGUCCUCGUAGUUUCCGGUUUCAUGCGUACCGAGGAAAAAACGGAUGAGAAGCCGAAUAUUGUUAGGCAUUAUAACACAACAAAAGGAGGAACGGGCAAUUUCGACAAGUUUUGUCAUUCCUGUACUGUGGCUGGGAAGACCUGCAGGUGGCCGGCAAAGUAUUUUUGCGGUAUAUUGGAUCAGACAAUUGUCAACGCGAGAAUUUUCGUUAAAUUCAAACUGAAAAAUGACGGAAACGAUGCCAAGGUCAUGGCGAUCGACUGCCUGGAAAAUUUAUAUGCCCAUCUUGUAACAUCGUACUUGGAACAGGGAUAUGCGGUGGGUACGCUCCGGAAGAAUGUUAGACUUGGCAUGGCAGGAAUUAAAAAAAAAGAUAUUGGGGCUGAAAGAGCUUUAGUACGCAUCAAUGUACCUUCUGCAAUGCGCUGCGUACUUUGA